AUGUUUCAGAAUAACAAGGCCAUCAUGUCUGCCAGUUGCUCCCAAUGGGGCUUACCCAAUAACUCGGAAGAUGAGAUCAAUAUUAUCAAAGAUGCCAUCCAUCAAGUGGAGACAUCGAGUGGCGUCGACGCACACUUCAUCUUGUCGAUAGUCAUGCAAGAAAGCAAGAGAUGCGUUCGUGUUCAGACCACUGACAGCGGUGUGAUCAAUCCUGGAAUGAUGCAAAGCCAUGAGGGCUCUGGUUCCUGCAACAAGGAUGGAAGCAUCCAGAACCCUUGUCCCCAAAGCGAGAUUCAUCAAAUGAUCAUGGCUGGCGUCGAGGGGUUCCCGGCCGGGCCUGGCCUGAAGGCACUGAUAGCCCAGAUGGUGGUUCAACAGAUGUGGUUUCAUUCUACAAGGCCGCCCGUGCUUACAAUUCCGGCGCUGUUGCCUCAAGUGGCGACCUGGGUCAGCCAAUCGCCUUUUGGGCUGGAGCAAUGGCCCUAG